GCUCGGCUCGCCGGGGCCAGGGCGUUCCGGUAGGGCUGCGCCUUUCGGUCGGGACGAAGCGGCGCUCCGGGAUCCGGCCGUGCGGACGUGCCCGGCGCGGUGGAAUUGGGUAUUCCCCUGAAAAGAUCACAAAUUUGAACUCAAACCCUGCCCACCUACGGUAUUGAGAAUUAGCAAGAAACAAGGACCCUUAGGUCAGCUUCAGAGGGAGUUGCUGCUGGUUACAAGGACAGUUUCAGACAUACACAAAAACAGAUAUGCCUUUGUGGUCUCAGUGGUGCUAUAAGCCAUGAAGUUGUGUUGCAGAUGUGGUGUGUGCUCAGUUUUGCUUUCAUUUUGAAAGUGGCAUAUUGAGCCUGUUUAUCAGCAUAGAGAAAUUUAGGUUGGAAGGGACCCCUGGUGGUCAUCUGGCCCAACCUCCUACUCAAAGCAUGUUCGACUAGAUCAGGUCUGUAUUUGCUGAGGUGCAAGAUGUCUGCCCUGAGGCUGAUCUCUAACAGAACCUCCCAGCAGGCCUUGUCUAACUCUGAUUACACCUGGGACUACGAGUACUAUGAGUAUGGACCAGUGUCAUUUGAAGGUCUGAAGGCUCAUAAGUAUUCCAUUGUGAUUGGAUUUUGGGUUGGUCUUGCAGUUUUUGUCAUCUUCAUGUUUUUUGUCCUGACCCUGCUGACGAAGACAGGAGCACCACAUCAAGACAAUGCAGAACUUUCUGAAAAAAGAUUUCACAUGAACAGCUUUGUGGCAGAUUUUGGAAGACCUUUGGAGUCUGAGAGGGUCUUUUCUCACCAAAUGGGUGAAGAAUCCCAGUCACUUUUCCAUUUCUGCAUUAAUGAAGUGGACCAUAUGAACAAAGAAAAAGAGAGUCAGAAAGGUCCAAGUCUGGAGAGUAAUCUGGAGAGUAAUACCCACUUCCAGGAGGUUCCCAAGAGCAGUGGAAUGUUUGAGGAAGACCUACAUUGUCUUACAAAAUUUAACAUUCCUAACUUUGUGAACACUGAGCAGAACUCUUCAUUAGGUGAGGAUGAUCUCCUCAUCUCAGAGCCAACGAUCAUUUUAUAAAGCAAACUGGUUAUGCAAUCUUAACAUUGGAUCCUUGAUUGAAAAAUCCUUUACUUUAAGGUAACCAUCCCCAUUAUUGUCCAGUUUGAAGCCUUUCUUGGCCUCCUGCUCUUUUGACAGAAGGUAUUUCAGACCUGUGCUUUUUAUUGUAUGUGAGGCUGGCUGUACUGAUAGAACUCAGUUUAGACAAGAAGACAUUGAAUGCUUUAUUCUGAUGCCCUCUGUGGUCUAAAACUUCUGCCCAGUAUUAUUUUUUGCUUUUUGAUUUUUUUUUUUCUUGUAUUGUUCUUCAUUUUUAAAUGACUACUUAUGACCAGCUUCUGAAGGAUAAUAAUUUACAAGGACUGUGAAGGCUGGAGCCUGGCAUUGGGAGGUCUGUGAAAAUUCAUUGGCCAAGAAAAGUGUAAAUCUCAAAGAAAAACUGAAGAAAGGAAUAAACAGCCCCUGGAGACGUUCCGUAGUUUCUGCUGCUCCCAGUAAGGAUGCCUGAAGCUGAGCACCAUAAUAACUACCUGCUUGGGACUAACUUCAGUUUCUGAUCCCUAACUGCUUUUUGGUGCAGGUUAAACCCACUUCACAUAGCUUCCAGAGGGAGUACCUUGCAAAUGAAAUUGUUUGGUUACAGUGUUUACAAAAUGCUAUCACCACCUGCUGCUGAGUAAAAACAAAUUGGUGCCUGUAAUUAUACUUCAGAAUAACACCUCAGCAGCUGCCCAUGAUGACAUGGAAUUAGUAUUCCACACACAAACACAAACUGUGAUUUGGCUUUCUUUUCCUUUUUUUUUUUUUUCCCUGCUAAUUGCUGAUGUUAACUUGCAGUUCAGUAAUUACAAGAUUCAGUAGCUAAUUCACAGGAAAUAAGAAAAAAUCUAUUUUUCUUCUGCCAAUAGAGUUACUACAUGUAAAUAUGGGUGGUAUGUUAAGCUGGUGUCAUGUGUUGCUGAUAGGUUGAACCUUCCUGUGCUUUUUGCAUUUAUAAAAGAUCAUUUCCUUACUCAUUGGCCAGUGAAGUGCUAGCAGGCUUAGAGCUGAGAGGACCAACUCCAAAAGUAUAGCUAAGCUGUGCUUGCUCCAUCUUCUUUUUGUUCUCAACUGGGAUGGUGUCGCAACCCCAGCUGUUCUCCAGUGAAAGAUUUGGUAAGGAUUUGAGUAGGUAUAGUUUCAAUCUUUAUUUUUUAGAGAUGGAAUUAAGUUCUGAGCCUUUGAGAGUACUUAGAAUUGUGUUUCAGCUUUCUUCAAAAGAUGGUAACUAAUGACUGAAUGGUUUCAGAGCAAGCAUAUAGGAGGCAGAGCUACUAGGUUCAAGCCCUUUGCUAGAUUUCAACUAUGCUCUGCAGGAAGUUCUUGAGAUGAAAAGAGUGGAUUCCAAACAUGCUUAAACGGAUUUUCUUGAAAUUAGCAUGCUUUGUAUCCAACACAUCUGUGUUUCAGAUUAGACACCUGCUGAUACAUUCUUCAGCCACUAAAAUGCUGAUUAAUUCACCCCUUCAUCACCUUACAAACAGGAAAAAUAGUGAAUGGGUUGAGCAUUUAAAGAAUACAAAUUGUGUAGGAAGAGUGCAAGGAAACAUCUUUUGCUUUUACGUCCCGUGCCCUUAUUACACACCACUUACAGCUCAAUUUCCUGUUUCCAAAUGUGAUUUUUUGCUGGACUUGCUAGUGUUUAAAGUAACAGGAUUACACUUAAAACAAAGCAGAGACUCUUUAAACUAGCAGGUUGUUGCUGAAAAUAGUUCCAAAGACUGAAAUGAACCCUGUUCUGAAUGAGCACAGCUCCAGUGAAAUGUUUCUGGUCCAGAAAGGCCUUAUUUCACAGGAAGUACAUAACUACAAUUAUGAAGGCUGUAGGUGUGGAUUUUCCUUUUCCUAAAUUUGGGAAGUCUGUCUCUGAAUAUGCAUCUGCUUCCUGCUGAGGCACCUCAGUAACUGUCAGCUAUCUGAUGGUUAAAGUUUGAAGCUCAAUAUUGCUUUUGCUAACACAUUGUGGGACUUGUACUUAAUGGGGCUUUUAUAACUGAUUUCUGGAUGAAUGAGCUGCCUUCAGUAAUCUUUGAGCUGUUAUUUUUAUUUUUUCCCUUGCGAUGCUUGAAAACAGCAAUGCUGCUUGAAGGACGGGCAGAUCUAUGUGGAAUCCAUCUCCUUUGCAAUGGAGAAAUGAAGGGUAUUUUUAAGCAGUUUAAAACUACAUUUCAUAGAUCAUUUAGGUUGGAAAAAGAUCUUUAAGAUCAUAAAGCCCAACCAUUAACUCAGUACUGCCAAGUCCCCAUCUAAAUCAUAUCACCCUGUGCAUCAUAUCACCCUGUGCUUUUUCAAACCUCUAGGGAUGCUGAUUCCCUGGGCAGUCUGUUCCACUGCUCCACAACCCCUUGGGGGAAAAAUUCUCAAAAGUUUCAGAAGUUUCAAAGUAAUGCAGAUGGAGUUUUAGAAAAAGAAGACUGCUCUUUCCUAUAGGCUAGCCUAUGCUUUUCUCCUGCUACCUUAAAUCUCAGUGGCUUUUAUUUGGAUACAUAACUAGUACUUUGGGGAGAAAAAGGAAGCCUUUUGUGUAUGGAUAUUGGCAAUAAUGCCUAGAUGAAAGGUACUUAAAAUGACCCAGAGAUGAUGCCAACUUAACGUACACAUUUGAACUGCACAGUUAAUAUCCUUCUGCAGCAUGUAUUAGUCCGGUAAAGCUAUGUAAGUGUUUGGUUCCUGCUUCUGUUCUUUCCUGAUGACAGAUUUACUUUUUUUCAUCUUAUCUCCCUUCUAUAUUUAAAGUCCUUCAUGCUGUUUUUCUCAGAAAAAUAACCUAUCAGUCCCCACUGUAGAGCUCCCACACCACUCCAGAGACACUGUGGCAGCAAUAGAAUGAUUCAGAUUUUUGCUCUGCCUCAAAGCAGAGCCAAAGACAGAUGCAAAAAUGUUCUGCAGUCUUCAAAAGCAGCUAUUUUAAGGCUCUCCUCCUUUUUUUUUUCCGUUUUAAAUAAUAGCAGACAUAUUUUGCCUCAGAGGAAAGGGCAAUAUAUAACUGUUAAAAAAAAUUUUGUCUUUUCUCAGAAAAUCAACUCACUGAUGCACCAGAAACAACAGAAAGUGUUCUAAUCAGAGUAAUCUUCAAAAGGAGUACUUGGAAUUUAAUGGUGUUUGAAAAUGGAAGUUUUGUGAGUUUUCUUAGUGCUUGGCCUCAAGCCUCUUCUCAAAACUCAGUAUAAAUGCAUUGCCUGCAGCAGAUUUAACUGCAGAGAGACAUAGCUACUCUAAGCCAGCUAUAAAUAUUUGUUUGCCUAAACAUGUUUUGUAUUCUGGAAGUAUUAGGUCAAGUUAUUUAUCCCAGUUUUCAAAGGUAAAUACUUGCAAAAUGCUCUUCUAUAUAAACAAGUUUUAUUUGUGUAUCUUUAAAAAAAAUAAAAAGGCAAAACCCCAAAACCUAUAAUGUAAAAUCAGUAAAUGCCUGCUCACAGAGAAGAGAAAGAGAAUGGUAAAACUGAUCAUCUGCACUACAAUCCAGAGCCAUACAGUCUCUGAGACUGCAAGGUGAAGUAAAUAGGGUAUUUUUGUAAUGAAAUUAAAUAUUUAUGCACCUGAGCCCUCGACCUUGAAUACUGUAACACUGACAUUUUUUGCCACUUCUUAGCCUUGGAUAUUGACAGGUAGCAAGGACAGCAGAGAAGAACCUUCUACCACACUUCUCCAACAAGAGCAAGAGAGGCCUGUGCUUUCUUAUUUUUGGAUUAGAGAUAUGUAGUUAGCUAUAUGAAAGGCUACUUUCAAUUCAGAGGUAUCACUGGAUUUCUGUUCAAGAGUCAGGGCAGCACUUGAUACAUGACCCCCUCAUUCCCUGCAGAAGUGGACUUGCACAGCUAGUGCUGGUAUCUUUGUCCUUUUUCCUUGUACUUUCCAGAAUAGGUUAAAUACGGCAUAGAGGGGCAGACUUCAAAAUAUAUCAUGUACUAUCAAAUAAAGUCUUCAUUCACCAUAACCUAUUUAAUUUGUUACAUGAACAUUUUUGACAUGUAUUUCAUAGACCUUGAAAUGGAACGCACUGCUGCUGUCUCUGCCCCAGUGGCAUGAUGAAAUCGGAUACUUUUCUGCACAUUAUGUUUUCCUCUUUUGAAGUAAUCUAGGUCACUGAGUCACCUAGCCAGCUGUUCACAUGAUUUCUUAAAAGCUUCAAACAUGACAAUUCAAAUUAUUAUACUCCAGCUGCUUUGCUGUAAACAGAUGAAGUCCAGCUAAGCAUUAAGCAAUGUUUUAAAGAUAUAUGUUUAACUCUUUUAAUCCAUCCAUUAUGCCUCCUGGAAAUGCAGGAUGAAACAGGAUGGCACAAGAAGAGGAAAAAUAUACACGAAGAGCAUAUAAUUAUGUAACUCCUUGAAAGAUCACACUGAAAUCUUCAGAGAAUCAGUAACAAUUUUAGAAGAGAACUUAAAAGUUGCAGCUUAGUUCUCUAAAAGGACACCCUAAGUGCAGCCAUUGAAGCCCAGGGAGAGUCUGUUACUGUGCAGAGCGACUACUUCAUGGUAAAUGCCUAAAAACUGAAGACCAUGCUUCAGUGAGUGUACAACUGCAUGAAUACUUGUAAGAAAAUGGUAUAAAACAUCUGGUAACUUACAGUAAUGGUAAGUAACACUGUCCCUGCUCAGUAAAACAGACUCAGAGAGAGAAUUUAAUUCCAGCUCUGUAAGAUACCAGCAAUUACUGAGAACUGACUGUAAGAAUUGUAAAAAGUGUUUGAAUGACCUGCAUGAACAUUAGGGCAACCCUCUGUUGCUGACUUAAGCACCAUAUACAUGAGAGAGUUUCCAGUAACUAGAAAUGCUUCCUCCAGGAUUCCUGUCCUAGGAACCUCCAUCCAAAACCUGGCUUCUCUGGGAACACAAGGCUUGCAGUAGUUCAAAAAACAUCUCUCACUUCAGGUCACACACUUUAAUACAGUGUUACACAUAUAGCAAAUUAUACAGGAAAUAAAUUAUUUGAAAUGAUUCAAUUUUUUAUCCUUUUCAGUUGCAAAACAGACCCAAAUAAAAAAAUGCAUUAUAUUUACACAUAGCUGAUAUUUUAUAUACAAAGCAUUUUUUAUAUUUACACAUUUUAUGAAUAUAGACUAAUACUUUGUUAGAUGGGGACAAAAUAAAAAUACUGAAAAUAUCUGAACAUGAAACAAUCAAGAUUACCAUAUUAAUUAGCAACUGACCAUCCUUUUAAAAUAUCUAUAUAUGUGUGUAUACAGGCUCAUUUUAUGUUUGUGUAUGUGCUAAAAAGAAAAAAACUUGCACUUAAGCACUGUCUGUGUCUAUAUGGUAUAAUUUGUUAUACUCUUAUGCAUGCUAUGCCACAUGCUUGUAUGACAGAAAAUGCAGGUUUACUUCUGGUCCCUGAAGAACACAACACAUAAACAGACAAGCACAGACCUGAACUAUUUCACAUCUGACUUAAAUGCUAGGUUCAACCAAUACUGCAGGUCCUCAGGGACCUAAGGAGUACAGUUUAGCUUUCAUCUUCUCUUUGCCCUAAAUAAGUAGAGUUGAUUGAGACAUAACCUCAAUAUAUGUGCUUGGGAAUUCUUAAGGACUUGCAGCCACUGAAACUUCAAACUAAUAAUGUACUGAUUUAUUGGGAAAGCAUGCCUUCCAACCACCAAAAAGCUAUCAUCAUCUAUUUUAAAUUUCCUUUAUUUUUAAUUGCUGCUUCUUGCUUUUAGCAGCAGGUUUUUCAUAUAUAUUAAGUGUAGUAGCCAUGCUCAUCAUCCCCCCUAGGCUCCUCUCUGGAGCAGUGCAGUUCCUAUGGCUUCAGAGGUUCCUAGGGCUACAUUUCCUGAGUGAUGAUUCUUCUUUCAUUUCCUGGAGUGAUGAUUCUUCCUUCCCUCCACUGGGCCCAUCUCUUUCUUGAAAGAAGAGACCAGAAGUGUAGCACCCUAAGGUACACAUUUGUGCUGCAGCAGGAAUUGCUCGUAUGUACCAGCUCUACAGCACAGGUGUGUAACUGGCAGGGCCUGAGGAGAGGGAGAAAGCAACAG